AUGGAGAAACGACAGCUGCCAGCGUUCAUUCGGCUCUUUCGCCCAGCUUCCCGCUUCAAUACUUGCACGAAGCGCGGUCUGUCGACACCUCCUACAUCUGUCUCCAGAAACUCCCGUUUCCGUCUUCGCCGUCUUCGCCGUCUCAACAGCCGUCUCCCAAUGAUUCUACGGUCAUAUACCACUCCGUUACUUGGAGCCCCCGGCAGACAUAUCACAUCUUUCUUGAUUCUCCACGAACUGACAGCCAUUGUUCCGCUUUUCGGUCUCGUCGCCGCUUUCCAUUACGGCAAUUGGUUGCCAGACUUUACCUCCAAUAGCGCAUUUGAGGAAGGAGUACAACGAUUUGGUCGGUGGCUGCGAAAGAAAGGUUGGAUCAAUGAUGGUGAUGCGGACAAUGCUGGUAUCGUGACAGCAGAUAGGCCUGUCGCCGGGAAUAUCCCUGCUGCUGAGACGACCGUGCCAUCUCGAGUAGGAUCCGGGGAGAAAAAAGGGGUCCGUCUGGUACUGGAAUUCGCGACAGCCUAUGCCAUCACAAAAGCUCUACUGCCCGUUCGAAUAGCCGCCAGUGUAUGGGCAACGCCGUGGUUUGCUAGGGUUAUCAUCUCCCCGAUAGCUAAAGGCGCCAAGGCAUUAUUAAGGAAUAAGUAG